AUGCUGCAGACCAGAUUUGACCAACUAAGCAGCUACAACCGCCAGAUCCAGAGCAACGUUUCUGACAAAUCCAUCGAAAUCAGUCAGUUACAGAGCAGCUAUGAAACACUGAGUGUAAAUCUCAGUCAGUUACAGGAUGAAGUAAAGACGCUGAAGACCAGAAUUAAAGAGAAGCUCUGUCCGGACAGAUGGAAGAGAUUUGGAUGCAGUUUUUACUUUAAAUCUGAAAAGAGGAAGUAUUGGUAUGGAAGCAGAGAUGACUGUGAGCAGAGUGGAGCACAUCUGGUCGUCAUAAACAACGAAGAGGAACAGAAGUUUGUCACUGAGCUGAGUAAGGAUGGAGAGUACUGGAUUGGUCUACGGUAUGGACGGAGACAAGGAGAAUACAAAUGGCAAUGGGUCGACGGAUCACCGCUGACAGAAACGUUCUGGGCAUCAGGACUGCCUCAUGAUUACGGUAACUUUACCGCUGUAACAUGUUGCGAUCAACAAGGAAAAUGGAGACAAAGAAGAAAUGAUGGAAGUUAUCAUGGCCCUAAGAAGUGGAUCUGUGAGAAAGAGAUUCACUGAACUCUGUGAUGACAGAGGGGGGUGUAGUGUUGGGAUCAGCUUUGUCAAAUCAGACUUUAACAUUUUGCUCAGUAGUUUAUUCUGUGUUGUUCUAAAUAACCUGGAUUACAUAGAUAUCGUCCCUCUGCCCUUCAUAGUGCACAAUCUGGUUAGAAGUCCUGAGCCCUUACUCUGUAGUCCUACAGGAUUAUAAUAGCAUUUCCAUAUAGCCACUUAAAAAUGUGCAAUGAUACGUAACAACAUUGUUUUGGGACAAAACUUUCACUUUAGCUUUUUGUUUAUCGCAAAUACAUAUUGUGUAAUGUUACCGCAAACUCAACAAACACUUUGGAUCAUGCACAGAGACUACUGUGGUAUACCCACUACAAUAAACUAGACUACACCACUGCCCCCAACUCAUCCCUACAACCUAUCAAAUCAAAUCAUUAUUCAUGUCUUACGCUGCAGCUGGUAUUCUUGUAUUUGUAUCUUAUUCCAAUGUAGGCUGUUGUUAUUUUUUUUAUUUCUUUCAUGAAAGUUUUUAACUGCUCUUUAAUGUUUUAUGAUUUAAGCGUUUUGAAUUGCCUUGUUGCUGAGUUGUGCUAUAGAAAUAAAAAAAUAUUAUAUUGCAGCGGACGCUGUCUGCGUGGCAUUUUGAAAAGUGUAACCACACUUGGGACGGCUUUAUUUGCAUUAAUGUGACUCGCUGCGACUUGAACAAGCUACAGAGGCGACGUAGCUCUGUGUG